AUGCCUUCUGCUGUUCCCACGAACAAUAAUGAGAUAAUCACCAAGUUUACGAAUUGCCGGCUGGUAAAGGGUGAUGAGCUGGUAGAGCAGGAUCUCUGGGUGAGCUCAGCGACGGGGAAGAUUGUCAAGAGUCAAGAAGCUUUCUAUGGAGCGCAUGCAACACCCGACGUGACGGUCAACCUGGGAGGACGAAUAAUCUCACCGGGUCUUAUUGAUGUCCAACUCAACGGAGCAUUCGGGUUCAACUUUUCCUCGAUACCAGAAGAGCCCUCGAGCUACGGCAAAACGUUGCGACAAGUCAACAAGUCCAUAAUCCAAACAGGCGUCACAUCCUACCUCCCAACCCUAACGACACAACCCCAAGAGGUCUACCACAAUGCCCUGCCAUAUCUCGGUCCAUCUGGCGGCCUUCGAAUCGCAUCAGAUGGCGCAGAAUCCCUCGGAGCACACUGUGAAGGACCCUUCCUCUCGCCCACCAAAAAUGGCAUCCAUCCCGUCGAAUGCAUAACACCAGCCUUGAACGGCUUCAGCGACCUCGAGGCCAUGUACGGCGCCACCAACAUAAAUCCCACCCUCGACCCCCUCUCCGGCACUCUCCAAGCACCCAAAAUCAAGAAAAUCACAGCCGCGCCUGAGAUCGGGGCUAUGAUGCGGACGAUUCCAGAUAUUACCGCGAGGGGGAUUGUAUAUAGCAUCGGGCACACAGAAGCAAGCUACGAGGAGGCAUCGCUGGCUGUAGCUUCCGGCGCAACGAUGAUCACGCAUCUCUUCAAUGCGAUGCGGCCCCUGCACCACCGCAACCCGGGCGUUUUCGGCGUGCUCGGCAUCGCAGAAUCGCUUCCAAGACCGUACUUCGGGAUUAUUGCCGACGGCAUACAUCUCCACCCCACGAGUAUCAAAAUAGCGUUCAAUGCGCAUCCGGAGGGCUUCGUAUUAGUUACUGAUGCGAUGCAUCUUGUGGGGUUGCCGGAUGGCGUUUAUGAGUGGAACAACGGGGAGAGGAUCUUGAAGAGGGGAAGUCAAUUGUUAUUGGAGGGAACGGAAAAAAUUGCUGGGAGUUCCAUCACCCUCAUCGAAUGCGUGAGCAACUUCCUUAAUUUCUCCGGAGCCACUGUUCCGCAAGCACUGAAGGCGGUAACAGCCACACCAGCUGCUAUGUUGGGCUUGAGCGGAGUCAAGGGCAGCCUAGAGAGCGAUGCCGAUGCUGAUCUAGUGGUGCUCGAGGAACAGGUUGAUGCGAUGGGGAAGAGGAGUCUUAAAGUUGAUCAGGUGUGGAAGUUUGGCAGUAAAGUGUUUGAUAGAUCCCAGUAG